AUGGUUUUGCGCGCUUUUUUAACUGUGAUUGGCCAGCUGAAAAAUUUUAACGCGCGCCUUGGCUUACUUAACUAGUAUAAUUAACUAACUGCUCACUGAUAAACUAAAAAACCGCUUAAAUGGCUGCCGUACGUCGCUCCACGCGAUUGAGUAGCAUCAGCAAGGCGGCCACCGCCUCUCCUCUGCCGCAGUCGACGCAGACGCCGCGUCGAUCGGAAGUUUGGAAACGCAGGCAGCCGAAAAAAGUGAUCGUCGAUAGCGACGAUGAGGAGGCGGUGACCUAUGACCUAACCAGUCCCAUUUUAGAGAACAACGAGAACCGCAACCUGCUCAACAAGAUGGACAAGAUCUCCAGACGCAGGACUUCGCAGGUGCAGGUGGCUAUGGCUCAUCAGCUGGAGCUCCCAAAGACGCCACGCAGCACAAAGAAAACAGCCCCAUCAGCUGCUAUUUCACGGGCCAAACGCGAGCAGGCCAACCGCGAGGCCAUCGUCGUGUUCUUGGAUAGCGACGAGGAGGAGCCGGAGGUCGAUCCGCUCCAUGGCUCGCCGCCCAAGCAGCGGAAGCUGCAGCCACUGCCACAGCACCUGAUCAGUCCUUCGCGGCUGCUGGACAGACUCAGCAUCGACGAACGCCAGGAGGAGGAGGCGGAAAACAAGACUGACAGGGAGCAGGUUGAGGAUCCUCUUGCUCUGCAGCAGGAGAAACCGUCCACCAAGUUGCUUAGUAAGCCUCCACUAAAGCAAGAUAAACUCCAACCGAAGCUGGAGAAACCCCAGGCCAAGCAGCAGAAAAAAUCGCCCACCAAAGAGGAAACCCACCAGGAUAACCUGCCCUCGCCUUCCCGCAACAAAUACCAAAACGCCAGACGAGUGCUUAACAGCGCCGAGACCCAAAACCUGCCGGGGCGAGAGGCACAGCUUCAGGAACUCCGCGAGUUCUUCAGCAGCCAUUUGGAAAGCCAGACCUCCGGCAGCCUCUAUGUCUCCGGGCAGCCGGGCACAGGAAAGACAGCCUGCCUAUCGCUACUACUAAGAGAUCCAGACUUCUCUAAACGCCUGCAGCGCGUCUACAUCAACUGCACCAGCAUUGCCAGCGUGGGAGCCGUUUACAAGAAGCUAUGUGCCGAACUCCAGCUGAAAGUCAGCGGACGCACCGAAAGGGACCACUUGGAGGCCAUACAGCGUCAUUUAAGAACGGCUAAGCGAAUGCUUUUGCUGGUCCUGGACGAGAUCGAUCAGCUGUGCACGAGCAGGCAGGAAGUGCUAUACACGAUCUUCGAGUGGCCUGCUCUGCCCAGCUCCAGGAUACUGCUAGUGGGAAUUGCCAAUAGCUUGGAUCUUACAGAUCGAGCCUUGAUGCGACUGAAUGCCCGGUGCGAGCUGAAGCCCAGGCUGAUGCACUUUCCGCCCUACUCCAAGCAGCAGAUCGUGGAGAUCUUCAAGUCGCGCCUGGCCGAGGCGGAGGUGCUGGACGUCUUUCCGCCCGUGACGCUGCAGCUGCUGGCGGCCAAAGUAAGCGCUAUCAGCGGGGAUGUGCGAAGGGCCCUGGACAUUGGACGACGAGUGGUCGAGAUUGCGGAGCAGCAGAAACGCGAUGGCGAAAAGGAGUUCAACAUGAAAGCCCUGCAGCUGGAGGGCAAGGAGGCCGUGGAGGCCAAAGAGAAACAUGACACUCUGAAGCCCGUCCAGGUCACCCAAGUGGCGGCUGUGCUAAACAAGGUCUAUGGGGCCUCGCAGAAUCUGGAGGAGGACAUAGAGGCUUCCUUCCCGCUGCAGCAGAAGCUGAUGCUGUGCACCCUGGUGCUGAUGCUGCGCAAUGAGCGCAACAAGGACAUCAGCAUGGGUCGCCUGCACGAGGUGUACAGGCGAGUGUGCGCCAAGCGCAACAUCCUGGCCCUGGACCAAGCGGAGUUCACGGGCACCGUGGAUCUGGUGGAGACCCGGGGCAUUAUCCGCAUCAUGCGCAAGAAGGAGCCGCGCCUGCACAAGGUCCUGCUGCAGUGGGACGAGGAGGAGGUGCAUGCGGCCCUCAGCGACAAGCAGCUGAUCGCCUCGAUCCUCAGCGACACCGCCUGCCUGAACAAGUGACGAUCUGGACGAUUACCUCUAGGAAAUUAGUGUGCCAGACAAUAUGCUGGUUAAUUGCGCAUUUCUCUCAUUUUCAUUCACCUUGGGGACGAACAUUGUAUAUGUAUAAGAAUACUUCUUGACGCUAAUUUUAAAAUUCGUGGCUGGCGCAAGCACUGAAAUAUUUAGAAAUAUCAUUUGAGGGUCACUUUCGACAUUUUGCUUUUCUGACUAUUAAUUGAAUCGAAUCUUUGGGAUUUUAUGUUUGCCAUAAAUUUAAGUAAAUGUUGCGCCCAUAAUCUAUUUCUAAUCCGAUCCGUUGACCAAUAAGCUCUAGACAAUUCGUUUCCUGUUAGCCCUAAGCAAAUAAGAAUAAACCAAAUAGUUCUG